AUUGAGGACCCAGCGAUGCAAUUGGUUUUGUUAUAUUUACCGAUUAUUGCCGAACGCUUGAGCAAUUUUAACAACUUGUUGGAUUUUGGAGCUGGUCCAACGAUCCAUGUCGCUGUUAUCUUUCGCAAAAAAGCGGAUAAUAUCUUCUUAGCUGAUUACUUGGCACAAAAUCGACAGGAACUUGUGAAAUGGAUGAAUAACUGCAGUGAAUUCGAUUGGUCAUUAACUAUUAAGAAAAUUGCAACAGUUGAAGGAUUGGAUUGGAGUCAGUUGCCACAAAUUGAAAACGACACACGUAAAAGGGUUAGAGAUAUAUUUUUUUGCGAUUGUCACAGAAAUCCUAGUGUAAAUGCUCCACCAUCAUUGAUGGGCAAUUUCGAUGCAGUUGUUACUAUUUUUUGCAUUGAAUACUGUUGUAAUACCAUCGCUGAGUAUAAACAAGCGGCCAAAAAUAUCAUAGAUCAAGUUAAACCUGGAGGAAUAUUUGUAAUGGGUGGAAUUCUUCGAGAAACAUGGUGUUCAUAUGGUAAUCGAAAAUUCUCCUGCCUUUAUUUAACAGAAGAAGAAAUGAUCGAAACAUUACGUGAAUGUGGCUUAUUAAUUGAUGAUCAACAACAAACGAUUUAUUACAAUGUGCAUGAUAUGUUUCUUCUUUGCACUCGCAAGAAGUCGUAA